CGGUUGCUCGGGGCAUUGCAUGGGUUCACGGGCUCAUUUACGUCAUCAAACCUCGACGCGCCGGGGAACAAGCGCCACUUUUUUGAUGCGCCAAAUUAUUUAGGCAUUUUCAGCGUUACGGAACGUAUCUGUAGUACAACACAUUUUUGGGCGUACAGAACGAAUAACGUUAAUGUACGAUGAGUUUAUUUGGGGCAACCUCCGGGUUCGGAGCAGCGGGGGCAGGUGUCUUUGGGAACGCAACGACAGACAGCCAUAAUCCCAUGAAGGAUGUUGAGGUGACGUCCCCUCCAGAUGACAGCAUUAGCUGUCUGGCUUUCAGUCCCCCCACCAUGCCAGGGAACUUCCUCAUUGGGGGAUCCUGGGCCAACGAUGUCCGGUGCUGGGAGGUUCAGGACAAUGGGCAGACUGUACCCAAAGCCCAACAGAUGCACACCGGCCCGGUGCUGGAUGCAUGCUGGAGUGACGACGGGAGUAAGGUCUUCACUGCCUCCUGUGACAAAACCGCCAAGAUGUGGGAUCUUAACAGCAAUCAGGCUUUGCAGAUUGCACAGCAUGACGGCCCAAUCAAAUCCAUCCACUGGAUUAAAGCUCCGAACUACAGCUGUAUCAUGACCGGCAGUUGGGACAAAACACUGAAGUUUUGGGACACCCGGUCUCCAAAUCCCAUGAUGUCUUUGCAGAUGCCAGAGAGAUCCUACUGUGCUGAUGUUGUGUAUCCCAUGGCUGUGGUUGCCACAGCGGAUAGAGGCCUGAUAGUGUACCAGCUGGAGAACCAGCCCUCUGAAUUUCGCAGAAUCGAUUCUCCUCUCAAACAUCAGCACCGCUGUGUUGCCAUAUUCAAGGACAAGCAGAACAAGCCCACUGGCUUUGCACUAGGAAGCAUUGAGGGCCGUGUGGCCAUCCACUAUAUCAACCCCCCAAACCCGGCCAAAGAUAACUUCACCUUUAAGUGUCACAGGUCGAAUGGAACCAACACGACCACUCCACAGGACAUCUACGCCGUGAAUGCCAUCUCCUUCCACCCUGUCCACGGCACACUGGCUACCGUGGGCUCAGAUGGACGCUUCAGCUUUUGGGACAAAGACGCGCGCACAAAGUUGAAGACCUCAGAGCAGCUCGAUCAGCCCAUUACAGCGUGCUGCUUCAACAGCAACGGCAACAUCUUUGCAUAUGCCUCCAGUUACGACUGGUCAAAGGGCCACGAGUACUACAACCCCCAGAAAAAGAACUACAUCUUCUUGAGGAGUGCUGCCGAGGAGCUGAAGCCUCGGAACAAGAAAUGAUUCGUCGGGCCACGGCGCAUCUGUUGUGAGGAAAUGUGGAAGAACUGUGUGUGUGUGUGUGUGUGUGUGUGUGUGUGUGUGUGUGUGUGUGUGUGUGUGUGUGUGUGUGUGUGUGUGUGUGUGUGUGUGUGUGUGUGUGUGUGUGUGUGUGUGUGUGUGUGUGUGUGUGUGUGUGUGUGUGUGUGUGUGCUCGAGACGGACUCCUUCCUUUUGGCAAACACCAGGACCAAUGCGGCGGUGCUGCGUGCCACGCAUGGACCAAUCAGAGGGGCCUACCCAACCCAACCUGGCGUGGAUGAUCACUGUGUUUUUGUGCUCAGCUCUUUUUUUUCCACUGCUAUUCAAAGACUUUUGUUUUGUUGUGAUUUUCUGUUAUUUUUGUGGUUCAGCUCUGACUAAAACUGGGAUGUAAAAUAAAUAACCACAUGUUCUCUCAUGUUUAUUCACACCUGAGGGUUAAAAUGAACGUAUUGUUUUAGGUUGCGGGGGUUUGUGUUUGGGAUUCACUGAACUGUGAUGUGCAUGCUAAACCAUUUACUACUCUGUUGUUUUCUCACAUUGGAAUCUUCCCAACAUCAAAAUGAUAAACUUUGAACAACAUCUGGA